UCUUAAUGACAUUUAAAUAUCUUAAAGAAAAUUUUAAAUUUGAUCGAAUUUAAAUUAAUUAUUUAUAUUUGUAUACGUUUAAAAUUUAAUUUCACAAAUUGAUAAGCAGCAAAUUAUAAAUAUUAUAAGUAUAUAACAAAAUGUAAACGUUUAAUUUCAUGAUGAUAGAGAUUCAUCCAUUGACAAACAAUCCUACAGCAGCUUGGCAUGAAUUAUCACAACAGCAAAAAGUUAUUAAAAUAAAUACUAAACUUCCAACAACUGAUGCGCCGAAUGAUAAGCUUCGCGUUGUUUGUAUGAGCGAUACUCAUUCAUUAACACCAUUUAUAAAAUUUGAUAUACCCAUGGGAGAUGUUUUUAUACAUGCUGGAGAUUUUACAAAAUGUGGUAGUUUACAAGAAGUUAUAGACUUUAAUGAUUGGAUUGGUAAUUUACCACACAGAAAUAAAAUUGUUAUAGCUGGUAAUCAUGAACUUAGCUUUGAUCCUACAUUUACUCAUCCCUUUUCUUUGCAAACCAGUGGUAAUCGUCAAAAACAUACAGGGACCAGUAUUCUUGAUAACAUACCUACAUUAGGAAUGUCCAAAGAUACUCUUGCAGAAGCGAUACAGACUACUAAUAUUAAAGAUUAUUUGACAAAUUGUAUUUACUUAGAAGAUUCAGAAAUUGUAAUACACGGAAUAAAGAUAUAUGGCACUCCAUGGCAACCAGAAUUUUGUAAAUGGGCAUUUAAUGUACCUCGUGGAGAAGCAUGUCUUUCAAAAUGGGAAAUGAUACCAUCAGAUACAGAUAUUCUUGUAACACAUACACCACCUGUAGGACAUGGAGAUUUGUGUUGUAGCGGUGUAAGAGCUGGAUGCGUCGAAUUACUUUCUACGGUUCAAAAUCGAGUUAAACCAAAAUACCAUGUUUUUGGUCAUAUACAUGAAGGAUAUGGUAUCUCAACCGAUGGGAAAAUAAUAUAUGUAAAUGCAUCAACAUGCGAUUUAAAUUAUUUACCAAGUAAUCCACCAGUAGUCUUUGAUAUAACAUUACCAUCUGGUUAUUAUAAAUCAUAAAAAAGAUUAAAUAAUAAAUUAGUAAUAAAUUUCA